UUAGUAUUGAAAUCUCAAUUACAUACCCAUAACAAAAACAAAUGGAGCCUCUGCCUCUCCACCACUGCACUGUCCACAAAUCAAAGGCCAUCAUCAACCGAUCACACGUCUUCUUUCACUCCAUCGCUAUAACAGCCCUGAUUUACUACAGAGUUUCUUCAUUUCUCUCCUCUGUAAGCACCCAAACAUUGCCAAUCUUACCAUGGCUUCUGGUCUUCGCUGCAGAGAUGCUUCUCUCCUUCCUUUGGCUCCUUAGCCAAGCUUUUCAAUGGCGACCAGUUUCCCGAACCGUAUUUCCGGAGAGGUUGCCGGGUGACGAGGAACUUCCGUCUAUUGAUGUGUUGAUAUGCACUGCAGACCCCAAGAAGGAACCACCUGUGGAGGUCAUGAACACAGUUAUAUCGGCUAUGGCUCUUGACUACCCACCAGACAAGCUUUCUAUAUAUCUUUCUGAUGAUGCUUCUUCUUCGGUGACUUUGUACGCCAUGAGGGAGGCUUGGGGAUUUGCAAGGUUGUGGAUACCAUUUUGUAGGAGGUAUGAUAUCAAGACAAGAUGCCCGAAGGCUUAUUUUUCCACACUGGAUGCGGAUGGUGAUGUUGGAGGUGGCCUAGAGUUUGCCAAAGACACAGAUAGGAUUGAGAGGAAGUACGAUGAAUUUAAGGAACGCCUGAGAAGAGCCGGAGAAAAAGGUGGAAUUAAUGAUAAAAAUUCCAAGCUUGAUCAAAUUCGCCCUCAAGUUAUUGAGGUGAUACGAGAUAACAAUGUUAAUCUCGAAGAGUCUGGCCAUGCUGAAAUGCCUCUUCUUGUGUACAUUUCUCGUGAGAAAAGACCUUCCCAUCCUCAUCAUUUCAAAGCCGGAGCCCUCAAUGUUCUUUUGCGGGUCUCUGGGAUCAUAAGCAAUGCUCCAUAUAUACUGAUAUUAGACUGUGACAUGUACUCCAAUGACCCAACAUCUGCCCGUCAGGCAAUGUGCUUCCAUCUUGAUUCCAAGCUCUCUCCCUCGCUAGCUUUCGUUCAAUUCCCUCAGAAAUGCGACAAUCUCACAAAGAAUGACAUCUACGACAGUGGGUUGAGAUUAGUAUACAUGAUGAUGUGGCAUGGUAUGGAUGGGCUUAGGGGACCGAUUGUUUCUGGGACAUGCUUGUACAUCAAAAGGAAGGCAUUAUACGGAAGUGAUAAACAAAAUGGUAUGGAUCUCCCCCAACUCAGACAAUCUUUGGGUCCUUCAAAUGAGUUCAUCAAGACACUUAGCAGGAGUUACAAACGUAUAGUCAAUGAAAAGGACGACAUAUCAAAAACAUUGCUAGAACAAGCUAAAUAUUUAUCCUCUUGCACCUAUGAGGAAGAAACACAAUGGGGUCAACAGGUUGGUUUCUCGUAUAAAUCUGUGGUGGAAGAUUACUUUACAGGGUUCAUCUUACACUGUAAAGGGUGGAAUUCUGUUUAUUGCAAUCCUUCUAGGCCAGCAUUUUUGGGCUGUGCCACAACGAAUUUGAAUGACUCAUUAAUUCAAACCACAAGAUGGAACUCGGGAUUGCUAGACGUUGGAUUCUCAAGGUUUUGCCCCCUUAUAUACGGACUAUCGAGAAUUUCCAUUCUUGAGAGCAUGUGUUAUGGAUACUUUGCAUUGCAGCCCCUCUAUUGCCUCCCCCUGUGGUGUUUAGCUACUAUACCUCAGCUGUGUCUCUUGAAUGGCAUCCCAAUAUACCCCAAGGUUUCAAGUCCAUGGUUCAUUAUAUUGUCGUUUAUUUUCUUGUCCUCCCACUUGAAACAUUUAUGGGAUGUCUUGUCCAUUGGAGGAUCAAUUCAAAUAUGGUGGAAUCAAUGUCGUAUUUGGAUGAUAAAAUCUGUUACAGCCUAUUUCUAUGGAACCUUGGAUGUUAUCUUGAAGGUAAUUGGUAUGAGAGAAGCUAGUUUUAUGCCAACAAAUAAAGUUGCCAGCGAUGAACAGGUUAGAUUAUAUCAAAUGGAUAAGUUUGAUUUUCGAACAUCAACAAUGUUUCUGGCACCAAUGGUCACUUUAGUAAUUCUGAACAUGGUUUCUUUCGCUUGGGGAAUAGCUAGAGUGAUCUUGAAAGGAGAAUGGGACGAAAUCUUUGCACAAGUUUUCCUCUCAUUUUACAUCUCAAUUAUGAAUUACCCGAUAAUUGAAGGAAUGAUAUUGAGGAAGGACAAGGGACGUAUUUCACUUUCUAUGACAUUAUUAUUACCUGUUGUAACUUCUUUGAUCUUGUUGUUUGGUUCAAAUGUUUUUAUGUACAUUAAAUGAAAUUGAAGUUCAUGUGUAA